AUGGGUAAUCAAUUUGUUCCAAAUAUUGGAACAACGGAAUUUCCAGAAUUUUUUACACAAAUAGGUCUUGGUGAUACAAGUGGUGUCAAUGAAGGCACUCAAAAGGAAAAUGAAGAGGAUUCAACUCAUGCUCACCGGAAAAGUCCAAAAUGGACCACUGGUCAAAAUUUGGUUCUAAUAAGUGGUUGGAUUAAAUAUGGAACUGACAGUGUUGUUGGCAGGAACAAAAAAAGUGAAGCAUUUUGGGGAAAAAUUGCUGAGUACUGUAAUGAGCAUUGCUCAUUUGAUCCUCCGCGAGAUGGAGCUUCGUGUAAAAACCAUUACAACUAUAUGAACAAAAAGUUGAGCAAAUGGGUUGGCGCGUACGAUAAUGCUAAGCGUAUGCAACAAAGUGGGUGGUCGGAGAAUGUUGUCUUGGCAAAAGCGCAGGAAAUAUAUUCAGGUGGUAAGAAUGAACAUUUCAAUUUAAUGUUAGAAUGGAAUGCUCUCCGUGAUCAACCACGUUACGGUAGUCACGUAGGAGGAAACAGCGGCUCAAGUAGUGGAUCUAAGAGAUCCCGCGAGAAUGAUGCAAGUGACUCCAACUCUAUCAGAUAA